CAUUUAGGCCGUUUAAUCUUAUGACAGGGAGCACUUAAAUGUAACACCAUGCGGAGAAGGCAUUCAAAAGGCAAAGCAGCAAAACCUUUGCUGCCAAUAAGCUCCAUAGACUGAGAGGACAUCCAGUUCUCUGUAAUGGCUUUUUGAUACAGAAUGUGAAACUGCUAGUGAUUUAGAAAAGAACUGAUUCAUAGUUGUUAUGGUGAGACCCUGAUCACAUCUGUAUAUGUUACAACAACCCUGGGAAAUGUCUUUCUUAAAAGCCUUCACACACUUGCUUCAUGGUACGACAGCAGCAGCUGUUUGCCAACCCUGUUUGUAGAUGUGAUUGAGCGACGGUGUGAGAACUGAGGCAUCUGUGGUUCUCAGGGUGUCACUUUCAGGAAGUUGUGGUAAGAUUUGGGUGGACCGCUAUGAGACCAAGACGUAGAGGGGAUGUUACUGACAAAAGCUCUGAAGAGAUUAGUCGAGACUGAGAUCAGGACAGCACUGCAGAGUUCUUUACACAUCAAGGUUCCACUCAACUAAGCAAGAUGAAGAAAUGCUCCACUGCUAUUAAUGGUAAUGGAGAUAUAGCCUCUGCUUUUCACAGCUCUGCUAAAAUGAGAGAAAAAGUGUGUCAUGUAAAUACAGUCAGCAUCAGAGCACAGAGCAGAGAGAGACCAGGGCCAAGAUGUCCAACAACACGCAGCCACGUCCCCAGAGAACGACAGAACUUGACGGUCUUGACAUCCAACGUGAGCUUGCGCUCUCAUCAGAGACGCUGGUCAGUUGACUUCUGUAAAUGCCAGACACCGCCUGUCAUCACAGUGAGGAAGAACAAGAAGGAACCUGACCCUCCUCAGCGCACUGCUUCCCUUCUGCGACUAGAGACAUCCUCGCAUUCAUCUUUCAAGCGAUACUCAUGCCCCACCAUUGGGAUCUUUUCAUCGACGUCCUCUUCUUCCUCCACCUCUUCCUGUUGUUCCCCAACUUCUGUUCCCACAUCCGUCAUCAUUGGCCCAGAUCCUUUAGGAUGGAAAAUACAACCCAAAUCCAGGUCCAACUCCUCUCAGAACCGCACCAAGAGGCUGUCUCUGCAAAUCCCUCUCCCUACUCUCCCUACUCCCCGCUCUCCAAACCCGGAGCCUUCGUCUCAAACCAAACCUGCACUUAGACCCAAACCUUCCCGCCGCCACCACUCAGAGUCCUCUGCCUUCCUGAAAUCGCUCGGGAAGACUCUGCCUGUGCUGACUCUUGAGCAGCUCCAUGCCGUGCAUCUCCGGCGAGUUAGCCUUUCCGAUGAAUCGGACGACGUCUUUGAUGAGCCGGGUCAAAGCCAGGGAAGGGUGACUGCUUCACCUCGAAAAAUACCGCCCCCUGUUCCAGAGAAGACGGCCAUGGUCAGGAAAAUAGCGCAGCUGAUUGCUUGUUCGCGGCAGCCUCGCAGGCCGGUUACAGCCAACAUCAACAAGAUCACUGCAAUAAAGCCAACGUCUGAACACUGGCAGAAUAAGGGCCAUAACAACAUGUGUGCCACAAAAAUGGCCGAGCUGCAUCUUGAUAACAUCUGCAACAGGAACAGGUGAACUCCGCGUUUCCCCGGCCGUGAAAUGUGAGGAGAUAACUGAAGAGUCUCCUCCUCAGCUUCACAAAUUACGACCACAGAGUGUGACGCCGAGAGAACAAAGUGUCCCCGAAGACAAGUUCAGUCAAGUUUUUCUUUUUAUGGUUUUAUGCUCUAAGGACUAAUAUUGUUGAAAUUGUUGGAAACAAAAAUGUCUCAGUACUUCAAUAUUUCGCUCCCUCCCUCCUAAAGCAUCUGUGCCUUCUUACAAUUGCAGUCUGUGUUUUGUUUGUGAAAAUUAUUGGUGUGACUGAAAAUGUUUGUACAAGCCCAGGUAUGCAAUUACUUUUGAAUUAAACUUUGUAAAAUUUGUUUAUAUGGAAUUACCUCAUCUGAGUUGAACAAAAAGUCUGAAACAAAGAUAAUGAGGCAUCGUGAUUUAACUACUGUUUGUGGACGUCAAAUCAUGUGUGUGAAAAACACAGCAAAUUCCCUUUAUCAUUAAAAACAACAUGGACAUGAGAAUAUUGCAUUUACCCAGCAAAAAUGAGCUUUUUAUGAAUAAGAUUUCAAACUAAAUCCAAAUGUGCACAACCCGAGUUAACAAUAAAUUUGACAUUGCGCUUCCUAGCGGGAUACAAUUCUUCUUCAUACUGUAAUAGGUUUGCAGCUCUGGGAGGUGUAGAUAACCACAGAAAUGUUAUUAACACAUUAAUCCUCAUCCACAUUUUAAUCCCUGUACAUCCAGGACCCACUAACCCAGAGUGGGUGAUAAGAUUGUAAAGAACCGUUUUAUGGAGAAGAAACUUGUUAAUAAGCGUAUGAAGCUAUCUGUUGCCCUGCGGCUUCCUCAUAAAGUGACAAUGAAACUUUAAACAAGCUUCAGACGCGGUUAUGGUCAAAACCUCUACUCUGACAGAAACAUCUGAGGGGGAAAACCAGUCUCCACCUAAAUACAUAUGCUACAUAUAUUGCAGCUUUAAAGUGAAGCCUGGAAGAUUUCCUUCGCUUUUCAGCCUCGUCACCAGAUAUUUUAGCUUUCAUUGGUGUGGAAACGUAUUUGGAACAUAAAAAACACGGAACAGUGGUGAAGUGGAUACCUCACCAAAGUUACCAGGGAUGCACCGAUAUGACAGUUUGGGCCAAUAUCAAUAUCCAAAAUUAAUAUUGCUGUUAUGGUAAAUAACCAAUAUUAACUGAUGCAUACAUUUUAUGAAUGUUUCACAAUCCUUUAGACAAUUAAAAAAAACAAUAACACUGACUUCAUCACUGCUUCAAUUAAACUCUCCACAAUCCUACACUGCAUCACUGUCACAUGACCAACCAAAUGAGGAUGCACAAUACAGAGUUCUGUUAAUCUACUUGUUUUAGUUUAAAUAGAGGUGAAGAUAGGAUAAGAUAGGUUGGGGAAGAAAAGAAAGCAAGGUGCAGAAGUUAAGACGCAGCAUGUGACUCGGCUCCCAUCAGUCACACAUCCCAGAUGAUUUGCACUGAUGUUACAACAAAUGACCAGAUAGAGCUAGAAGACAUUAAACUAAAGGUUUAAAGGGGCGGUAUUCCCUAGAAAGCAACAGAAAGGCUUUUACUAAUGUAGUACUUCAGUUGUUGACUGUGUGUUCUGUCUUUUUUGUGUCUUUAUGAUGUAAAGCACUUUGAACUGCUUUGUUGCUGAAAUGUGAUAUACAAAUAAAUUUGAUUUGAUAAAAGC